AUGCACGUCUCGACUGCAGUUCCCGACGGCUUUUCACAUCGGCCGUCGAGCUUCCCAAGUCCCUAUAGCAGCAGCGACAAGCGUCGCACGUGGACACCCGAAGACGACGCCGUUGUGCUUGGCUUUGUCCGGGACUACGGCACGAAACACUGGGCCAAGAUUGGCCUUCUCUUGCCCGGGCGAACGCCCAAGCAAUGCCGCACGCGGUGGCUCAACUUCCUCGACCCGAACAUCAACAAGGCCCCGUGGCGGGCGGACGAGACCCAACUCAUCUUAGCUGCGCAAGAGCGGCUGGGCAACCGAUGGGCCGAGAUGGCCAAGAUGCUGCCCGGCCGGACGGACAAUGCCAUCAAGAACCACUGGUACUCGACCCACCGACGCCGUUGCCGUCACGCUGCAAAGUCAUGGGGUCCCCUGGAAACCACUCGACCAGAGCGACGGCUGUCCCCGAUGGCGACACUGCUGAAACGGGACCGCGUGCUGGUGUCAAAGACGUUUGCGUUGUCGAUCACCUCUGCAUGGAACGAUACGGCUUCGACAGCGACGUCAUCUCUCGACUCGUCGAUCGGGUGUGACUCGAGACUGUCUUCGGUGUGGUCGCCCCAAAGGCUUUCACAGCGAGAGAUGCAGGUACCAGAAGUGUACAUGGCACUAUCCAGGACGCUGCCUCAUCCGAAGAACCGGUUCCGGGUGGAUUGUAGAUCGCCAUCGCUGCUCGACAGUGCACCGCAGAUAUCGAGCGUGCUGAAGGUGGACCCGGGAUGGCCGUAUCAAGGACCAACGCUGCAGAAUCAGCAGUCGGCGUGGCAACGACUACCGGGGCUUGCACGUGUAGAGGAUGAGGUGUGUGUUCGCAGCCGGCGCAUAAAGGUUGGGCUGGAUACGCUUUCGGCUCAACAACGUCCGUGCGAAGAGAAGACCCGAAGGGUGGGGCAGUCGCGCGUAAACGUCUUGAUACGACAGAGCGCUGCUGGACAUCAACGCAGCAAUUCAGCAGACCUGUUCCUCGACUGCGUGGAGAUGCUCAACUUGGACCAAGAGGCGUGUAGUCCCCGCUGCAGUUCGACAGUGAGUGUUGUCACGAACGAGACGGACGAUGAAGGGAGCGACCAGCAGCCGCUUGCACCGCGGACGACCAGUGGAAACCGCAAGCACGACACUACCUCAGUUUGGCAAAAGGUAUCGUGGGGGCACGUGGACACGGACGAGGUGAGUGUGAGACCGACUGAAGACUGCUGCACGAAGAGCGAUGCCCUUCCUGUACAGCUACGGCGAAGUCAGCUGGACAACUGA